GAAACAAAAUCCAAACAAACAAAGAGUGGACAACUCUCUCAUCAUAUGGAUUUUGGAAGCUAAAGGGCUCCCUCCAAAAAAAAGUACUAUUGUGAGCUGUGUUUAGGCAGAGAACUAUAUAAUAGAACAUCAUCUAAGCAGAUAAUGGCUGAUAUGUGUUUUUGGGGAGAGCACUUUGAAUUCAAUCAUCUUGAGAAGAUUGAAACUGUAAUUAUAAACUUAUAUAGAGAAUCAGAAACAAAGAGGAGAAGAAAUAAAUUGAUAGGAUCUCUGGAGAUUCCUAUAAAAGUGAUUAGUGGAAAACAUCUGACAGAAAGCAGAUAUAAAGUCAGACUAGAAAAAAAUUCUGGCAUCAAAGAUCCACCUUCUAUUCGAAUAAAGGGCCGUUUUCAAAGCGUGAACAUUUUACCUUUUGAUAUGUACAAAGAUUUUAGAGAGUUCCUGUGUUCUAAGAACAAACCACUUACUGAGAUGUUAGAGCCUGUUCAAGUACUUGUCAAGGAAGACAUAGCAGUUAUUCUAGUCCGUAUCAUGCAAAAAGAAGACAAGGCAAAGGAAUUCCUUACAAACAUUGUGAUAGAAGAUGUUAAAAAAAUUGAUGAUCAACAUCUAACAUUUCGUGGGAAUUCAUUUGCUACAAAAGCAUCUGAAGCUUACAUGAAGCUACUUGGAGAUAAGUAUUUGCAAGAUACCUUGAAGGAAUUUAUAACAAACAUUUUAAGUUCUGAAGAUGACUGUGAGGUAGAUACUAGCAAAGUUCCUGAUGAAACCAUACUCCAGCAACAACAGAAAAACUUAUUACAGUUUGUGGAAGAAGCUUGGGAUAAAAUUAUUAGCUCAACUCCAAAUUUGCCCUUAGAAUUUAAAGAAGUAUUUUAUGAGUAUAGAAAUCAGCUCAAAGCCAUUCAGAAAGAACACAUUUGUGAUAAACUCAUAAGUUCUUCCAUCUUCUUGAGAUUCUUGUGUCCAGCCAUCUUGUAUCCAAGUCUUUUUAACCUCACACAAGAGUAUCCAGAACCUAGAUCAGCAAGAAACUUGACACUUAUUGCUAAAACCAUUCAGACAUUGGCAAACUUUACAAGGUUUGGAGAGAAGGAACAAUUUAUGGAAUUCCUGAAUCAGUUUGUAGAUAAACAACAAGACAAAAUGAGGAACUUUCUCCAGCAAAUUUCAACUCCAGAUAAGGGAGACAAACUAAACAUCAAUGAACAAAUUGACCUAGGGAAAGAGUUAUCAAUUCUCCACUCCCAACUGAUAGACUGCAUUCCUAAGAUGAAUAAGUUGGAUCACAAAGAAGAUUUUGAAGAAUUACAACAGAUUCUGAAUGACAUCUCAUCUGCAAUGCGACAUUCAACAGUGGUACGACAUACGAGCUCCCAAAGCUUAGGUGAUAUUAAACCUAACAUUCACAGCCCACUUGGCCUAACAAAAUCUUUACCUGAGGGAACUGAUCAUAUCCAGCAUCAGUCACUGGUAUAUUCUCCUGUGUGCUCAUUAUGUCCAAGCAGAAAUUCUAAAGACAAAACAUUAAAGAUGAAUGGAGAUCUAGAGUUAACAAAUAAAAGCCCUCAAAAGGUUACAUCACCUCAUGUGUUACCAGAAGAAGCUAUUACCACUACCUGGAAACAUAGAGGUAGUAGAAUUCCAGCUGAAAACAUGAAUACAUCAGAUGAUUAUGUAAAAAUAGAAGCACUGGUGGAGAACAGAAAAUAUCCUGAUGAAGAGCAAAAAAGCACUUUUUUUAACACUCAAAAGGGUGAUAAACACUCCAGUUCUCCCUUAGUCCAGAAUGGAAAUAUCUUGAUGCACAGAACUUUGGAAAGAAACAUAGCUGGUGAACAAAAAACAGACAAAGAAAGACAUAGAAGCUUUGACUUUGACUCUUUGGUAUCUUUUAUAAGAAGUCCACAUGCAAUAGAUGCAAGCUAUCCAUUAAAGGUCGAAAAUAAACCAUCAGAAAUAGUAUUGAGCAAAAAUGUUCGUAACAGUGAUUACGAUAAAGUGGCAUAUGAAAGUAAUCUCCACACAAAACCUGGCAGCCAUAACUCCAUUUGUAAGAUAUCAACUUUAGGGUCUUCAGGUUACCAGUCGGUAGGAAAUGACCAUUCCCCGGAUCUGUCUCAUAUACGAAUGACCUUUUCUUCUGAGGGCCAAUAUAACUUACAACCUCCCUUGGCUUUUAAGAAUCCAUUGUAUUGUCUAGAUCGUUCUAGCUCAAGUAGUAGUAGCAGUGAAAGUGACUUCUGUGAUAAAUCUGGGAGAGAGAAGCAUUAUGGUAGCAAAGAUGAUGCAACAUGUAAUUCUCAUAGUUUGCUUUAUCCCAAAAAUGGAAUUCCUAUAGUGAAAUACUCCAAAGAUGAAAUCAUUAAACCAUUAAGUUUUACAAUAUGUUAG